CGGAGCGUCCCUGCUGCGACUUUCUCUCAGAAGAAGCAAUGAGAAGAAGGGAGCCGUCGCCCUGCUGAUACCAGGACGUCCGGGAUGCAGUAACACCCGUUUGUUUUCUAGUGGGAUCAUAUUUGUAUAUUUCUCGGGAAAACAAACAAUACAUUGCGGAUUUGGCGUAUCCAUCAAUCGGAUGCAAGCAGAGCCAGGCCCAACUUAACAAUGGGCCCCAUUCCCCUGUGUGUGCUGAUCCCGGUGACGGUGCUUGUUGCGGUGGUGGCUGUAGCUACUGAGGAGAAUGCAGUCGACGACGAGUAUACCUGGCCGCAGUGGAAGAUGCCUCUGGUAAGGCAAAGACGCACUGUUCCUCUAAGCAGCCCAAACUUUUCAGCCCAUCCUCAGCAGGAGCUAAGUGGGACCUGUGGGAUUGAGUGUCAGCGUCGCCUUCCUGCCACCUCUCUGGACGACCUGGAACAGUUCCUUUCCUACGAGACGGUCUAUGAGAAUGGGACGCGCACGUAUACCUCAGUUUCCGUGCAGGGCGUCAAUGAGGUGACUGCCUGGUCCAAAAACAUCUCGUCUAGAUCCCGCCAAAAACGCGAGGUGUACGGCACAGAUACCCGCUUCACCAUCUCUGAUAAGCAGUUCUCCACCAAAUAUCCCUUCUCCACGACUGUGAAGAUCUCCACAGGAUGCUCUGGUGUUCUUGUGUCACCUAAACAUGUGCUGACCGCUGCCCACUGCAUCCAUGAUGGGAAGGAUUAUCUAGAUGGGGUGCAGAAGCUGCGUGUUGGUAUUCUGAAGGAGAAGUCCAGACGAGGGAAAGGAGGCAAAGGUAGAGGAGGGCGAGGAAAGGGCAAAAGGAGAAAUGGAGACAAAGAUGACGAGGAAGUGCAGGAAAAGGAAGAGAACGGUGGGAAAGGGGACCGAAAAGGGAAAGGUAGAAAAAGCCGCAGUCGGCGAAGUGUGGAAUCGGGGAAACCUUCGUUUAGGUGGACCGGGGUUAAGAAGACUCAGGUGCCGAAGGGCUGGUUCAAAGGUGUGUCUGACGGACUGACUGCCGAUUAUGACUAUGCUGUAUUGGAGCUGAAGAAAGCCCCAAAAGUCAAGUACAUGGAGCUGGGGGUUAUACCCUCUGUCAAGAAGCUUCCUGCCGGGAGGAUCCACUUCUCUGGCUUUGAUGAUGAUCGUCCUGGCAACCUGGUCUACCGGUUCUGCUCCGUCUCUGAGGAGUCCAAUGAUUUGCUGUACCAAUACUGCGAUGCCAAACCCGGCUCCAGCGGCUCUGGGAUCUACAUCCGCCUCAAAGAGCCGGGAAAGAAGAAGUGGAAGAGGAAGAUCAUUGGGGUUUUCUCCGGUCACCAAUGGGUGGAUGUAAACGGGAACGGGAUGCAGCAGGAUUACAACGUGGCGGUGAGGAUAACGCCUCUUAAAUAUGCCCAGAUCUGCUACUGGGUCCACGGGGACUCGAGUGAGUGCCAGGUAGCUUAAGACAACACAGGAUUCCACUUUAACCACCAACCCUCUCCCAUCCCACCUCUAUACAAGGGACACCUACCUACUCUCACCCCCCACCUCUAAUCACCAACCAGGGGCCUGACGACUGCCUCUCCCAUUCCUGCCUCCCUUUUACCUCCCUGUGACUCCUGCUACAUUGAUCUUGACACACACACACACACACACACACACACACACACACACACACACACACACACACACACACACAUAGCCAUACAGACUCAGUGUUGAGAACAACAGGAACUUGUCAGCCACUCAAGAGAACUGUGGCUCUUAAGCUUUUCUAAUUUAUUUGCUAAAAAAACGGAGAAAAAAAUAUGUCUUAUAUGUAUCUACAGAUCAUUUAGAUCUGUAGUUUUGCUUUCUAUUUUGAUUUUACCUUUUUGUAAACAAUGUUGGAAAGCGUGUCUAUUCCAUUGUUUGUGAGCACAGCCCCUGGUAAAUUUGUCUUUUAUUCCAACUAGGCUUUGUAAAGAGAGACUUUCAUUUUCAAGUGUUCUCGACCACUGUAAAGAAGAGCGUGUGCAUUGGCUUUGACAAAAGACCCAGACAAAAUGUAUGUAACUUUUGUUUUAAAAUGAACUAUAUAGAGAUAUUGAGAUAACUGUUUUUAUAAACAUUUUAAUUGAACAAGCUGGUGUUUUGCAUUGUGUAUAUCUAGAACUUUGAAUUUGUUUGUCUAAAUAGAGAAAGGGUCCUUAUGGAUCCUGGAUAGACUUUUUUUCUGAUUUGUGAGUCACACCAUCUUUUCUCUGUUCUUGCAAUGCAGUGAAAUGUGGUUUCAUUGUUGUGCACAUAAAUAUAUUGGUGCUAAUCCAGAAGACGUGGUGCUAAUUUAUGGAAUUGUAAACUUUUUUUGGGGGGGUGGUUGUGGGGACUUCUCAGAAUAUAUUUUAAAUAGCCUAGUACGGUAACUAUGUAUUUUAUGUGAGGCUACAUAUUUGGGUUGUGUUAAAAUGGGACUAAACCAUUCAAUGAUUUACUUGAGCUGUUGAGAUUUCUCUAAUUCUAAGGGUUAAAUUAGAUUACAAAGGCAAUAUUGUUAUAUAAUGACAAUUUCAAUCUGGGAUGUGAUAUUUUUUACUUUUAAUGUUGUUUAUGUCCAAAAAAUUAAUAUCCUUUUUAAUACCAAAUACCUGAAAUUAAUGAUGCGGAUUGAAGACUACCAACCAUUAAACCAAGAUUACUACU